UAGCAUGAUAAUAUUUAAUAUUUAUGUUAAAAAUUUUCUUUAUAUAUUUUUAAGUGACUAAGUAAUAUAAGUGAAUAAAUAAAUAUAAUAAUUAUACUUUAUUAUAUAUAAAAUUUUGUAAAAUGCCGAAGAAAAAGACAGGACAAAGACGAAAAGCUGAAAAACAAAAAUUAAGACAAAAAGAAAUUAGAACUGCGAAAGAUCAAUUAGAUUUAGCUAAAUUUCCUUGUAAUGCAGUAAUGGAAUGUGAUAAAUGUGGUAAAAAACAAAAAAGUAGAGCCUUUUGUUACUUUUGUCAAACUUUACAACGAUUACCAAUGUGUGCUCAUUGUGGAAAAAUAAAAUGUAUGCUCAAAACUGGAGAUUGUGUUGUUCGUCAUCCUGGAGUAUUUACUAUUGGUUUAGGUAUGGUGGGAGCUAUAUGUGAUCAUUGUGAAGCAUGGAUCUGUCAUGGAAGACGUUGCCUUACAACUCAUGCAUGUAUAUGUCCAUUAAUAGAUGCAAUUUGUCAAGAAUGUGAAAGAGGUGUAUGGGAUCAUGGUGGUAGAAUAUUUCGAUGUUCAUUUUGUAAUUGUUUCCUUUGUGAAGAUGAUCAAUUUGAACAUCAAGCAUCAUGUCAAGUUUUGGAAGCAGAAAGUUUUAAAUGUCAAUCAUGCAAUCGAUUAGGACAAUAUUCUUGUUUAAGAUGUAAAACAUGUUAUUGUGAAGAUCAUAUUCGAAGAAAAGGAUUUAAGUAUGAAAAAAACAAACCAAUUCCUUGUCCUAAAUGUGGCUUUGAAACAUCACAAACAAAAGAUCUUAGUAUGUCAACAAGAAAUCAUAAAUUUGGUAGACAAAAUCAAGGUAAUACAUAUGAAUAUGAUAAUGAAAGUGGAUAUAAUUAUUAUGGAAAUCAAUCUCAAAACUGUAUUCCUGAAAAUUAUACUAGUUAUCAAGAAAAUGAAAGUGAAGAUGACAAUAAUGAUGAUGAUGAUGACGAUGACGACGACGACGACGACGACGACGACGACGACGACGACGACGACGACGACGACGAUGACGAUGACGACGAUGAUGAUGAUGAUGAAGAUAAUGAAAAUGACAACGAUGAUGAUGAAUCAAUAAGUGAAAAUGAACAAAAUUGCAAUAAUAAAUUAUAA